AGUCUUUUCUUCCUUUUUCUCCCUCCCGCAGUCGAGUCGCUUUCCGUCCAGCUGGGGUCCCCUCCCCGCCCGGGUCCCCUCCCCCUCCCGGUCCCCUCCCCCGCCCGGGCUCCUCUCUGUCUCCCCCUCCCGGACUGCGUCCUCGCUCCGCCGGGCCCUCCUCGCCGCCAGCUUGUGAAUGAGACGCUCAGUUUCUCAAUGGAGCCGCGGGGGGCUCGGGCGGCCGCGGGGCGGCCGCAGCGUUGGCCGUGAGUCAGGAGGGGGGCGCGUUUCCCUUGCUCCCUCUCCACUCCCUCCCUUUCGCUGCGGCCGCCCGCGAGGAGCCUGGCUGAGGCAGCCGCGCAGGUCGCAGGGCCAGCGUCCGCGAGGACGGCCCGGUUGGGCGGCCCCGAUCCCUGUGGCGCUGUGGAGGAGCGGGAGCGCGGCCGAGGAAGCGGGGCGCCGAGGGGGUCGGCGGCCUUCGGGAAAUUUCCGCCGACCCUUCGCUGCCGGCUCUAAAAGUUCCUGAUUUCCGAUUUCCUUUUAAAUCCCGAUCGUCUGUUAGCUCUUCGCCUGCACUUUUUCUUCCCCAGGAGAUAAGGGGGAGUGUGAGGAAAGGAGCGAAUAAUAUAAAAAAGGAUUUCCUCCCGGAAGACAGCGGCAGUUCGGAGAGAUUUUUCUGAAGGAAGCAGAAGCAGCGUUUGCGGCCGCUGCGGGCGCCGGGCCCUGCCGGCCACACUAUGCGCGAGCCGGCCCGGGGCUGCUGAAGCGCGGGGACGCGGAAGCGGAGGCCGAGCGCGGCGGGCUCCCGCGCUCGCGAGCGAGUUCUGUCCGCCCGGCGGCGGUGGCGGUGGGAUGGAGCCCGCGACCGCACCCUGGCCCGACAUGGCGCCGGAGCUGACCCCGGAGGAGGAGCAGGCUACCAAGCAGUUUCUCGAAGAGAUUAACAAGUGGACAGUUCAGUACAAUGUUUCCCCGCUGUCUUGGAAUGUGGCUGUCAAGUUCCUCAUGGCAAGGAAGUUUGAUGUGCUCCGUGCCAUAGAAUUGUUCCACUCCUACAGAGAAACUCGAAGGAAGGAAGGCAUUGUAAAGCUGAAACCUCAUGAGGAACCUCUUCGUUCUGAGAUCCUCAGUGGAAAAUUCACCAUCUUAAAUGUUCGGGACCCAACAGGAGCGUCCAUUGCCCUCUUUACUGCCAGGUUGCAUCAUCCCCACAAGUCAGUCCAACAUGUGGUACUUCAGGCUCUGUUUUACUUGCUAGACAGAGCUGUGGAUAGCUUUGAAACUCAGAGGAAUGGACUGGUGUUUAUCUAUGACAUGUGUGGUUCUAAUUAUGCCAACUUUGAGCUGGAUCUUGGCAAGAAAGUCCUCAACCUGCUGAAGGGAGCAUUUCCAGCUCGUUUGAAGAAGGUGCUGAUUGUGGGGGCACCCAUAUGGUUCCGAGUGCCCUAUUCCAUCAUCAGCCUCCUCCUGAAGGACAAAGUCCGGGAGAGGAUUCAAAUAUUAAAGACAUCUGAGGUCACGCAGCAUCUGCCCAGGGAUUGUCUUCCAGAAAACCUGGGUGGGUACGUCAAAAUUGAUCUCGCCACUUGGAAUUUCCAGUUCCUACCCCAGGUGAACGGCCACCCAGAUCCCUUCGAUGAGAUCAUCCUGUUCUCCCUCCCUCCUGCCUUAGACUGGGACUCAGUACAUGUUCCAGGUCCCCAUGCUAUGACCAUCCAGGAGUUGGUGGACUAUGUUAAUGCCAGGCAAAAGCAAGGAAUCUAUGAGGAAUAUGAAGACAUUCGUCGUGAGAACCCUGUUGGCACUUUCCACUGUUCCAUGUCUCCAGGAAACCUAGAGAAAAACCGUUAUGGGGAUGUACCCUGCCUGGACCAAACUAGAGUGAAGCUAACAAAGCGAAGUGGCCAUACUCAGACAGAUUACAUCAAUGCUAGUUUUAUGGAUGGCUACAAGCAGAAGAAUGCUUACAUUGGCACACAAGGUCCUUUGGAGAACACCUAUCGUGAUUUCUGGCUCAUGGUAUGGGAGCAAAAAGUCUUGGUGAUUGUCAUGACCACCCGCUUUGAGGAAGGUGGCAGGAGAAAGUGUGGCCAAUACUGGCCUUUAGAAAAAGACUCUCGGAUCCGAUUUGGCUUCCUCACAGUGACCAAUCUAGGCGUGGAGAACAUGAAUCAUUAUAAGAAAACAACGCUAGAAAUUCACAACACAGAGGAACGGCAGAAACGCCAGGUGACCCACUUCCAGUUCUUGAGCUGGCCAGACUAUGGUGUCCCUUCCUCAGCAGCUUCCCUCAUUGACUUCUUGAGAGUGGUCAGAAACCAGCAGAGUCUGGCUGUGAGCAACAUGGGAGCACGCUCCAAAGGGCAGUGCCCUGAGCCACCCAUUGUGGUCCAUUGCAGUGCAGGCAUUGGCAGGACAGGUACCUUCUGCUCACUGGACAUCUGCCUGGCACAGCUGGAGGAGCUUGGCACCCUUAAUGUGUUCCAGACGGUGUCACGCAUGAGGACCCAGAGGGCCUUCAGCAUCCAGACCCCUGAGCAGUACUAUUUUUGCUACAAGGCCAUCCUGGAGUUCGCAGAGAAGGAGGGCAUGGUAUCCUCUGGCCAAAACCUGCUGGCCGUGGAGAGUCAGUAACUCUCCUACGAACCUCCUACCUGCUGGCCAGCCUUCCUUAAACUACCCUGGACACCGCUGAGCCUAUAGGUUGCCAUCAGUUACGCUGAAGCCAUGGAUCAACUUCUUUCUUGUGUCUCCCGGCACACGUGUGCACGCAAGGCAGCCUUUCCCUUUGGCUAGAUAAAUGUGGUGAAAUUGCCACUAGAAAGGGCCAGCAGCAAUGUGUUCUUAAUUCCUAGCAUCUGCUAUCAAACUGUGCCUUAUUAAAACCAAAUUGUGGCUAUUGAUUUUUGCUAGGGUCCCCGAGGUAAGUGGGGAAGGAACCUCCCUCCUCCUUUCUCCUGCCAUUCUCUUUCUAGAGGUCUCCUGUCUCCCACUCCUUCCCUUUGCUAGGAUUUUAUGGGGAGGUUUGAUGAGCAUUUGCCUUUCUCCCCAGAGAGCUUGACCAAGUUACAUAUUCUAGAAAUCAUCCUGAGUGCCAAGCACGUUUAUAAGUAGGGCGUGUAUUCCAGUCCUUUCUGUCAUUCUGUGUGUGUGCGUGUGUGUAUGUGCGCUUAUGUGUAUGGGUCCAUAUGUAUGUGUGUAUAUAAUAUAUAUUGUAUGUGAUAAUAUGAUCGUAUUCUAUAAAUACAUAUACACACAGAUACUCCUUUGUAGAAGUUCCUGGGGCUCCGUGUUGCAGUUCAGGACUCCUUGCUUCUUGGACCCUACUAUUUAUGCUGGACUAGCUUGGGUUGGUGAUCAUGUCUCCUGUUGUCAGGCUACAGAGUGGUGGAAGAAGACACACACACAUCUCCAUGUUCCUGCCACAGGGCCCCUUCCUUAAGUAAUGACUUAACUCCUUCCAGUUGCCACCUGUUGGAGCCAAAAAUGUAUUAGUUUGUGGUGACACUGGGUUAGCUCAGCAUGGAUUUCCCUUAUCCAGUGAUUUUUCUGCAUUUACUUGGCCAAUUUGGGGAACAGACCUCCACUGUGAUUCCAUACUCUCUCUUUGCUUUCACUAUCCCAGGGAUGGGAGGCAGAGGGUAGAGAUGAACUCACUGAGCAGCCAGAGCCAAAUGCAAUCGGUACGAAGUCUUAGAAGGAAGGAGGGGGAGCCCAGGUAUGAGAAAGAAAAAACUACUAAGAAAAUACCUCCCUGGGAGGAUGAGCUGGGGCCCUUUUUCUUUUGCUGGAUGGUUCUUUUAUGCAGCUUGGCCCUGUCUACUGAGAUGCCCAUCUCUUCCUGCCUGCUAGCCUGCUAGACCCUCAAACUGGGUGGGUUCUGUGUCAAUAAAAAGCUUUACCCCCUGGCUGAGUGAGGUGGUCCCCUGCAAUCACCGUUUGUCCCCUACCCACCCAACCUGUCCCUGCCUGCUCCCAGCCCACUCAUCCUUAUGUGCUAGGGAUAAAUCAAAAGUCCUCAGCACUCCACAUUCCCAAAAAAUCCCAGGAACUCCUAAACCUUCCCCUGUCACAGAAGAUGAGGUUGGCAGCUGAUCAGACCUCAAUAAUUUUAUAUUGUAAUAAGCUCUUUGAAUGUGUAUAUUAUUAUUUUUUACAAUCAUUUCAUUUUGUAUUUAAUAUCAAUGGACUGAGUCAGAUUUAGAAAAUAAUUGUAAUGUUCAUAUUCAAUAUCUUACAGUGAUACAGUUUUGUAUUUACAUAUAAAUAUACCGACAUGAUCGAAA